AUGAAUGUGUUAAUGAUCGUACUGAUUAUGCUCUUCGUUUUCUUCCUGGGAUCCCACCUUCCCCCUGCAACAAGGCGGCUGCUCCAUACUAUCCUGCCGGCAACGUUGAUACGCUUCUUCGUGAGUUUCAUUACUGCUCCCCUGUUGACGACGGAGCGGCUCUUCUUGGACAUCGUGAUCGUGAAGCAGAUAUUCCUGGACAUCGGGAUCGGGAUAGAGCUGGCGAUCUUCCUGCACAUCGGGAUACGGGCACGCUUCCUGCCGGUGCGGGUCCUCCUGGGCAUUGCCCUCGUGAAGCGGAUCUCCCUGGACAUCGUGAUUGAUGUCCUCAUCCUGCUGAGGCGGAUCUUCCUGGACAUCGUGAUCAUAAGCGUUCUGGCGAUUUUCCCAUACCUGCUGCGGACCUUGGAGGUCCUGCCGAGCUCCCUGGUGCUGAACGGCCUCCUGAAGGACGUGCUCGUCGUCCCGAAUUGA